AUGUGCCGCCAACCUUCGGAGGCUGGCAUCUUCACGGCUGUCCUGUAUGCUGCCCUGUAUGCUGCCCUGUAUGCUGCCCUGUAUGCUGCCCUGUAUGCUGCCCUGUAUGCUGCCCUGUAUGCUGCCCUGUAUGCUGCCCUGUGUGCUGCCCUGUGUGCUGCCCUGUAUGUUGCCCUGUAUGCUGCCCUGUAUGCUGCCCUGUAUGUUGCCCUGUAUGCUGCCCUGUAUGCUGCCCUGUAUGCUGCCCUGUAUGCUGCCCUGUAUGCUGCCCUGUGUGCUGCCCUGUAUGCUGCCCUGUAUGUUGCCCUGUAUGUUGCCCUGUGUGCUGCCCUGUAUGCUGCCCUGUAUGCUGCCCUGUAUGCUGCCCUGUAUGCUGCCCUGUAUGUUGCCCUGUAUGCUGCCCUGUAUGCUGCCCUGUAUGCUGCCCUGUAUGCUGCCCUGUAUGCUGCCCUGUAUGCUGCCCUGUAUGUUGCCCUGUGUGCUGCCCUGUAUGCUGCCCUGUAUGCUGCCCUGUAUGCUGCCCUGUAUGCUGCCCUGUAUGCUGCCCUGUAUGCUGCCCUGUAUGCUGCCCUGUAUGCCCUUCGUCGAGUGCCUUCCGUCGGAACUGCAGUUCCGUUGUCAUUGUUGUAG